AUGUCAAUUUCCAAGGAAGAACAUCAAAAAUUGGAGAAGGAUCAAUUAGACCAGACUACUGAAGCAGUGGAUAAACCUAAGGAAGAAAUAAAUCAAGAUCAUGAAGACCCAGAAGAUGACCAACCUAGAUCUUCAGAUGAUACCCAUCAAUUCCAUUCUCCUUUAAAUUCAAAUGCAAUCAUCACUAUAACAACUUCAGAACCUAUAGAUAUUCAAUCGUUAUUAAUUCAACAUCAAGGUGAUUUCCAAUUAUUAUCAACAACUCCUCCAUAUAUAAAAUUAAAAUUUAUGGAUAAAUUAAAAGCUCAAAUUUUUGAAAAGUCAUUUAAAUUAAAAUUCCCCCAAGUUGAAAUAUCUGUUGAAUUUGAUGCUUUAACUCAUCCUGGUAAUAUCUAUGUUCGUGGUCUUGGUCCUGAAAUUACAACUGAAGAUUUAUUCAAGAUUUUUGAACCAUUUGGUGAAAUUACAAGUUCCAAAAUUGUUAAUGAUGAAUUUGGUCGUUCAAAAGGUUAUGGUUUUAUAAAUUAUUCAGAUGGAUCAAGUGCAGAUGAUGCAAUUUCCAAAUUGAAUGGAUUAUUAGUUAAUGGAUCAAAAUUAUAUUUAAAUCAUCAUAUUGCUAAAAAAGAACGUAUUCAAAGAAUUGAUUUUGAAAAAUCAAAUUUUACAAAUCUUUAUAUUAAAAAUUUACCAAUUGAUUAUACAAUUGAUCAAUUUGAAUCUUUGUUUGCCAAAUUUGGUGAAAUUAGUUCAAGUUUCUUACCAGAUUUAAAUGAUGGAGAUCAAACUUCCAAAAGAUUUGGUUUUAUAAAUUUUAAAAAUCAUGAAUCUGCUAUAUCUGCAAUUGAAUCACUGAAUAAUUUUGAAAUAUCUCCAAAUCAAUUCUUAUCAGUAUCAAGAGCUCAACGUCGUGAUGAAAGAAAUGAACAAUUUCAUAACAAUUUAAAUCCAAAAAAUUCAAAUAAUUAUCAAACAACUCCAUAUGGACAAUUUCAAAUUAGAAAUAAUUCAAUUUCUCCACAACCUGCACCUAUUUUAUUUCAAUCACCUCCAAUAACUUCUCAGGGUUCUAUACCAGGUAUAAUAACUUCACCAAUAACACAACCGCCAGUUCCACAUUCAAUUGAAGCUAUAACUUCACCAAAUUUCAUUCCAAAUCAAUUAAUCCCACCAUCAACUGCAUCAACAGUAACAUCAAUACCACCAACUGGAGUACCAAAUGGAUUACCAACAACAACUAUUCAAUUACCAAUCCCUGCACCAGAUCAACAACCUUCAAAUCUUUACGUACGUAAUUUGGCUCCAUCCAUAGAUGAUUCUAUAUUACAUUCAUCAUUUGCACCAUUUGGUAUUAUAGUUUCAGCUAAAAUCAUGACUACAGAUGAAGGAGAAUCAAGAGGUUAUGGAUUUGUUUGUUUUAGAACUUCUCCUGAAGCUUCAAGAGCUUUAAUUGCAAUGCAUGGGAAUGUAUUACAUGGACAAAUGCUUCAUGUUAGUUUUGCACAAAAGAAUAAUAAGAAAAGAUUUGGUAAACAACAACAACAACAAAUUCCAAUUCAUCCAAAUGGAUCUUAUUAUAAUGGGUUGUAUCAAAAUCCAAAUCAACCUCCUUAUCAAUAUUAUAAUACACAAGCUGGUCAACCUGUUCCACCACCUUCUGGGAAUGGAUAUGGUAAUGGAUAUAGAAGUUAUUAUAAUGGUUAUAAACCUUUUAAACAACAUCAACAAUAUGACCAAGGCACAGGUUAUGAAUAUCAAAAUGAAUAUAAUAAUAAUGGAUUGAGAAAUACUAAUUCACAAGAUGAUAAAUUCCUUAAAUUAAUUUCUGAAAUAAAUUUAUUAGAUAAUGAAGAAGAUAAAAAUUCUAAAAUUUCUAAAUUCUUAAUUGAUUCAAGUUUAAUUAAAGCUAGUCCUGGAUCAAAAGAAUCUGAUGUGGAAGAGAAAACAUUAAGUUUUAUUAAAGAUCAAAUUAAGUUUAGAGAACAAAAUAAAGAAAAUUCAAAAUCAAAUGUUUAUUUAGAUUUGAUUAAUGAUUGGUCAAAUGAUGAAGAUUCUUUAACUAAAGAAUUAGAGAAAUUAUCAAUUUAG